AUGAUAGACUCCACAAAUGUAGUAAAUGAGUUUGACUAUGGCGAUAUCACGUCAGAUACUACAGAAGGAAUAGAGGAUAGAACAAAUAUAACUAUAUACAGAAAAGAGACACAUAAAUUCAUAAUUAUGGACUUCGAGUUCUCAAUGGUAAACAAGACAAGCAUGGUUGUCAUCUCCGGAGCUAUAUCCAAUAGCUUAGACCGUUUUAAGAUCAGGAAACUGGAGGGACGACCUCUUUUGCUACCACUUAACGAAGAAGCUCGACCUAUGGGUGAGACGGAGCUUCAGGUGGCAAUAAGAGAGAUAAAGAGAGUGUUCAGAGUAAAAACUGAUCUGAGAGAUGCUUGUCUAGACCAAUUACAACAAAGUUUGAGUUCAACCAGGAAUAAUUUGAAUAAGGGAUAUAUUGACAGUUAUAUACGUAGAGGUAAUAAAGAGAAUGUGAUAGUAGUAUGGAACGGACAUUCGGACAAAAAUAUUUUAAAAAGAUUAGAUUUAGACCACUAUCCUAUGUUAAACAUAACGUGCUACGAUAAGUAUUUUAAUAAAAAUUUCUAUAUUCAGUUUGAAAAGUUAGGCAAUAAAGAAAUAAUUUUCGAAGUAGAUAUCGGUACAUAUAAUAAAACAGGAAGGCUACUUAAUUUAGUAGAGACCCAUGAUAUAAUAUGUAAAAAGAAACACCAUACUACGUAUGCGCAUGAUCCGAGAAUGGAUGUCAAGUAUACUAAAUGUAUAUUUGAUUAUGUGAUACGGAAACAGCGAUAUGAAAAUUAA